CAUAAAGCGAGACGCAUGGCCAGUGAGCUCUCUCUUGCGCACACAGUCAGAUUUCAGGUUACAGUGCCCGUCGGUGUGUAUGCGCGACUUUAAAGCACAGCGGCUCAGAGAAGUUGGUGGCCUGAGUGGAAACGGUGCAAGAUGGGAAAGGAGCUGGACGGCAGUGCGGGUGCUUAGUUUUCUGAGGACGCACAAGCGGCGCUCCCUGCCAUUGCGCACAACUUCUUGCUGCGUGCAAAGGCGCUGCAGCCGAAUUACAGGGUGGACUUUCCUCACCAAGAGCAGAGAUGGCUACACUCACUCAGUCUUUGAUUAUUUUUAUCAAAUGCCUCCUUUAUUUCAAACUAACAUAUUGCAUGGAGGUAGAUUUCUUCACACCUGUUCGCUUGGAUCACCAAGAGGAUGAAACGCAUCUGCACCGGCGUGCGGAGCAGAUGAAUGAAAGACAGGUUGCUUUUCGACUACGUGCAUUCAAGCAGGAAUUUUACCUCCACCUCACGCCAGAUUCUAGUUUCCUUGCGCCGGGCACCUUGCCCCCUGAGAGCAGCUCCUUAGCGUCCAACGCCUCUGUAACGGCUGACCUCAGGGAAUGCUUCUACUCCGGUGAUGUCAACACAGAUCCGGACUCCUUUGCAGCGCUCAGUCUGUGUAAAGGUCUCCACGGGGGGUUCUCCUAUAACGGCAUGGAGUAUUUCAUCAGCCGGGGCGCAACUGAAGACGCGGCAGCCGCGUCUGGGUAUAGAAACUCUUUCGACAGGAUGCAUGUCAUCCGCCGCAGGAGAGGCGCUGCGCACUCAGGCGGCAACUUCACCAGCAGGUGUGGAGUUGCACCUGAUACCAGCUUCUCCAUUUCCCUGGAGAAAUACAAGUAUAUGAGUGAACUGGAUAAUGAUAGCUUAACUGAAACUGUGCUGAAAACCUUAGGGAGGUCCAAAAGGUUUGCCUCCAUCGCAAGGUUUGUGGAGGUGCUGGUGGUGGCAGAUGAAUCCAUGGCUAAAUUUCACGGAGAUGACCUGAAGCAUUACCUCCUGACCCUGAUGUCAGUAGCAGCCAGGCUAUACAAACACCCCAGCAUUUUCAACUCCAUAAACAUAGUGGUGGUGGGCUUCAUGGUGAUAAAUGAAGCCGACAAGGGACCUAAGGUUUCCAGUAAUGCGGCCCUGACCCUGCGCAACUUCUGCUCCUGGCAGAAGAAGUUGAAUAAACACAGUGACAAGCACCCUGAGUACUGGGACACUGCCAUACUGUUCACCAAACAGGAUCUCUGUGGGGCCACAACCUGUGAUACACUGGGGAUGGCUGACGUUGGGACCAUGUGUGAUCCGAAGAGGAGCUGCUCUGUCAUCGAAGACGAUGGCUUGCCCUCUGCUUUCACGACUGCCCACGAACUCGGCCACGUCUUCAACAUGCCCCAUGACAAUGUGAAAGCAUGUGAGGAGGUAUUUGGGAAACUGAAGGACAACCACAUGAUGUCUCCCACCCUGAUUCAGAUUGACAGGAGCCGACCCUGGUCUGUGUGCAGUGCAGCCAUCAUUACUGAGUUCCUGGACAGAGGUCAUGGAGACUGUCUGCUGGACCAGCCUCAGAGACAGCUGUCUCUCCCAGACAAUCUGCCUGGCUCCAGCUACAGCCUGCACCGUCAGUGUGAGCUAGCCUUUGGUCCUGGCUCCAAACCCUGCCCAUACAUGCAGUCCUGCUCUAAACUGUGGUGCACCGGGAAGGCCCGUGGACAGCUGGUCUGUCAAACCCGACACUUUCCGUGGGCGGAUGGCACCAGCUGUGGCAACGGCAAGGUCUGCUACCGAGGAGCCUGCACUGACAAGAACAGCACCAUGCAAAUCAAGGUGGAUGGCCGGUGGGGGAAGUGGGGUGAAUUUGGAGACUGUUCCCGAAGUUGCGGUGGAGGAGUUCAGCUGGCCAAGAGAGAGUGUAACAACCCUGUCCCUGAGAAUGGAGGCAAAUACUGCUAUGGCCUUCGCAUCAAAUAUCGCUCCUGUAACCUCAACCCUUGUCCUGAAACAAGUAAGAGUUUCCGUGAGGAGCAAUGUGAAGCAUUCAAUGGUUUAAACCUGAACACCAACAGGCUGGGUUCGGCUGUGGUUUGGGUUCCCAAAUAUUCAGGCAUCUCUCCCAAGGACAAAUGCAAGCUCAUUUGCCGUGCUAACGGGACUGGGUACUUCUAUGUCCUUGCUCUGAAGGUUGUGGAUGGGACGCCCUGCUCUCCUGACACCUCGGCUGUAUGUGUUCAGGGAAAAUGCAUCAAGGCUGGCUGCGAUGGCAAGCUGGACUCCAACAAGAAGUUUGACAACUGUGGUGUGUGUGGUGGGGACAACCAGGGCUGCAAGAAGGUCUCAGGAAUGUUCACCAAACCCAUCCAUGGCUACAACUUUGUGGUGAUACUGCCAGCUGGAGCCUCCAACAUUGACAUCCGUCAGCGCGGCUAUCGAGGAAUGGUCAGUGAUGAAAACUACUUAGCAGUGAAGAAUCAGAAUGGAAAGUACCUCCUAAACGGCAACUACGUGGUGUCAGCUGUGGAGCGUGACCUACUGGUGAAGGGCAGCCUGCUGCGUUACAGUGGCACCUCCACAUCUGUGGAGAUUCUGCAGGCCACCAGACCGCUGCAGGAGCCUCUGACUGUGGAGGUACUCUCUGUGGGGAAGAUGACUCCCCCCAGGGUGCGCUACUCUUUCUACAUCUCCAAGGAGAGCAAGGAGGAGAAAACCCUGCAGAAAGAGGAGAGAAGCCUCAAAACGCAUAACAGCAUCUUAGUUGAUAGCAACAAAGUAGAAGUUAAGAAGCAGGUGAUGGGUAAGAGGCCAGUUAGUCACUGGGUGACAGGAAGUUGGGAUUUAUGCACAGUGACUUGUGGCAACGGUCUUCAGAAGAGGCUGGUACAGUGCCAGAGCAUGGAGGGGCGUCCUGCAGUGGACUGUGACAGUGGUGACAGGCCUGCAGCAGUGAGAGCAUGUGGGGAUCCAUGUCCAAUGUGGGAUGUAGGUACCUGGUCUCACUGCUCCAAGUCCUGUGGAAGGGGAUUUAAAAGGCGGCCAGUGCGCUGCAUGACCAACAAUGGUAUGAAUCUGCCCAGAGACCACUGCUCUGGAAGGAGGAAGCCUCAGGAACUGGACCUCUGCAACCUAAAGCCAUGUUAGAGCAGAACAGACACAGCCCAUUGGGUGGAAAUCCUCUCAACUUCAGUCUGAGUGUAUCUGCGGGGACAUCUGUUCAAGAGAAGAAAGCCAAUGGAGACAGAGAGGGUCCUCCUCCAUUGUUUGAAAAGACAGAGAUCUGUUGACUUAAAAAAAAGUAGGAAAGCUGUCCUCUCAUAAACUGUUAAACCAUCUAUGGCAUGUUUGACUUUUGGUAAGUCUACCUCUACCUGGAAUGUUGAUGCAAUGCCUGUGCAAACUGUAGGAGAGGAGAGAGAUGCAGAGGGAGCGAUCACACACAUCUGCACACAGAUGUAAUUUCUCGGUAUAAUUACAAGCAUAGGUUAGAUUCCAAGUUAAGGAUGGAUGAAAGUUUGUGAGACUUACACUGUGCUGUUAUCAGAAGCUGAUAUCUGUGACUUGACAUUUUUCUCAUUUCACUGAGGAACCAAUCAAUAUGUGAAACACAGUACUGUAUCUGCCAUGUUCAAGACCUGAUUGGUCCGUGCAGUUCCUACAUCUUUGUUUUGUUUUUUCUUUUCUGUUUUUUCUUGAUUUGGUGCUUUUGGCUGUGGUCUGAUGUAGAAAAAUCAAACUGCCAUUCAUAGUUAGUUCAUCUUAACAAAUAGCUUUACAAGAUUUAUAUCAUUCCAAAAUGAAAAACAGUCAACAUUAUAUCCUGCACACUUGAAACAGUCUUUAUCAAUUGGAUAAUAUCAAAGAGUCCCUGAAUUUGACUAAAAAUGCCAAAAACUAAAAAUAUUUUUAAUUAGAGGAAAAUUAGUUUAGUCAAAGCUAAGAUGUUAUCUUUUUCUAUACAGUGAAUGUAGGCUGUUUGUAUAGUGCAAUUGUAAUUCAUUGUCUGUUGUCUGUUCUGUGUAAAGCAAACCAACGAAUGCUCAGCUGUAUGUUCUAUGUUGCCAAAGAGUUAUAAACUUCCACAAAGCCUUAGUACUGUGAGAGACACCUCUCUGCUUGAGCUGGACAGAAGUAUGGCUUGCUCAAAGAACCAUCGCUGCACAUUUCCCUCAUCACCUUAAAAUUAUCUUGUGACUAUGAAAAACAGUGGAGGCUGAAAAAAAAAAACAUAAAAAGAAAACAGCUGACUAAUCGAUUAGUCAGUCAACAGAAACUUAAUCUGCAACAAAACUUAUAAUCAAUAGAUGGUUUUAGUAAGUAAUGUACAUGUAAAAGUAGAUUUUUUCAAGCAAAAACUUUACUGGUUCCAGCUGUCCAAAUGCGAAGAUUUUGAUGCUUUUGUGUCUCCUCUCUGAUGGUUAAUUGAAUAUCUUUGGGUUUUCAACAGUUUGUUGGACAAAACAUGCAAUUUGCAGAUGUCGUGUUGGGGUCUUUCACUAUUUUCUAGACCAAGAAGUAUCAAAAUAUACAUAUAGAUUUCCCAAGCCACUCCUGCAGUAUAAACCACUUUACUGAGUAGCUAUAUGUUCGGUAGCCUAUA